AUGCAUGGCCGACAGUUCCAGGAUGACCAGGCCACCUAUGUCCCCCAUGAGAUGCUCCAGCUGGCCUUCACCCUCUUCCUCACCAGGUGCCGCCAUUUGCAGCCUGAACCUGACCCUGCUGGGCAAACUCUGCCCAGGGCCCCAGUGGCAGCCAGAGCUCCGGACACCUGUGUGGUACCUGUGAUCCUCACGCACAAGAGAAGAUGUUCAGAGAAGAUAGAGCCACGGUUCCCAGACGUGCCCACCCCAGGCAGGCCAAGAGCAUCUGCAGGAUCCCCAGUGGCCCUGCCCUCCUCCUUCUUUGUGACCCAGGUGGUGCUCAGCUGCCACUCCCUCGGCUCUCUGGGAUGUGACCUGCCUCAGGACCAUGGCCUGCUCCACUGGAGGGCCUUCAUGCUUCUGCAACAAAUGAGGAGACUGUCUGCUAGCUCCUGUGACAACUACACAAACAACUUUGGCUUCCCCCAGGAGGCGUUUAAUGGCAAGCUGCUGCGGAAGGCUCAAGCCCUCUCUGCCGUCCAUGUGACGAACCAGAAGACCUUCCAGCUCUUCUGCACAGAGGCCUCACCUGUUUCCUGGAACACAACCCUCCUGGAGGAAUUGUGCUCAGGACUUUCUGAGCAGGUGGGCCUCCUGGAAGCCCGUCCCCUGCAGGAGGCGGGGGUGGGAGAGAUGCCCCUGGUGAAUGGGGACUCCAUCCUGAGGAACUACUUCCAGAGAAUCUCCCUCUAUCUGCGAGAGAAGGAAUACAGCCCUUGUGCCUGGAAGAUGGUCCGAGCAGAGAUCAUGAAACCCUUGUAUGCAUCAACAGCCUUGCAAGAAAGAUUAAGGAGAAAGAAGUGA